AGGAAGCAGACAUCUUGCACAUCUGUUUGGCCUGCAGAACUGUAUGUGUGAGCACAUCAUGGACCCCAUCAUGUGACGUGGAAACUUGUCAAAUCUGCAACCUCUCUGUGAUCCAGUUUGAUGCCCAGCAGCAGGUGAAUGAAGUUCCUCAGCUGACGUUACCAUGACUUAUUUUGUUCGUAGAUACUUCCAUUUGUUUUGCAUCCUCUGCCUUCUUCUAGAGUGCAGAGUAUACUGCUUGGAGGUUCAAGUCGGGGCAGAGGUUACCUUGACGUGCAAGUACGAUGCUCGCUAUUAUGGCAAACUGUCAGUGUGCUGGGGUCGAGGGCCAAUCCCUAACAGGGGCUGUGCCAACGAAGUCAUCAAGACGGACGGAACAUUGGUAACCAGCAGACUAUCCGAGCGCUACUUACUCAUGGGUAACAUUGUGGAGGGCGACGUGUCGCUGACAAUCAGACAGCUUGUGGAGAGCGACUCGGGUGUGUACGGCUGCCGUGUGGAAAUCCCAGGCUGGUUCAAUGACCGCAAACAUCAGAUGACCUUGACGGUGGUACCAGCACGGCCUGAUUCUCUGAUGGUGGAGAUGCGGGAGGUCAGGGACAGAACUGUCACCGUCCGCUGGUCUCAUGUGUUUGACGGUGGAAGACCCAUCACGUCCUAUAGGAUUGACGUCAAGAGCAAAGAGGAUCAAUGGGAUGCUGCAGUGACAACGCACAUGUCAAAUCCAAACCUGACCGAGGUCACUCUGGUGGACUUGCAGCCGGCUAAGAAUUACAACCUUCGCAUGUUUGCGAUCAACAGUCAGGGCACGAGUGAUACCAGCAAUGUUCUCACAGUCAUCACAGAGGAAGCAGCACCAGAUGGCCCACCCUUAGACAUGCGUCUACAAGCGUUCUCGUCUACAAGCAUCAGAGUGUCUUGGAAGCCCCCUAGAGCCGACCUGAGAAAUGGAGUUAUUCGAAGUUACCGCAUCAGCUACAGAGAGUACGACCCUGUUGGUAGACAUUUCAAAUGGUGGCAGCGCCAAAGUGUCACGGCUACACGACCACAAGAGAGCCUCAUACUGAGUGGAUUGAGGCCUUCCACCAAGUAUGGCGUCCUCAUACAGGCCGAGACCAACGCAGGAAUAGGACCGGCCUCCAGUGCGCCCCUAUGCUCCACUUUGGCUGAGACUCUCCAAACUUCCACCCAGGCAACAAUCAACACACUCUUCACCAGUACAUGGCCAAGGGUAGACACCACAAGAUUCAUCUCAGAUGUCACAACUCCAGAUGUGUUUAUUGCCAGUACAGCAUGGGAACAAAGUCCUACAGGUUUUUCCUCAAUACCUCCAGAUCCCCCUGUUGUUGAGUUGAAGGAGGUGAGAGACAACACAGUUUCUCUCUCUUGGACUCCUGGGUAUGAGGGAGACGCCCCAAUUACCGGGUAUUUCCUUGAGUAUAAAGCAUUGAAUGGCUCGUGGGAUUUUAAAAAGACAGUAGUGGACUUCAGCCCAAAUCAGACAGAGGCCACCAUUAUCGAGAUGAAUCCCUCCACGUACAACAUCCGUAUGUUUGCCAAGAGCAGUCUGGGAACGAGUAAAGCCAGCAACAUCCUCACCUUCACUACUGGAGACACAGAUCAUCAGCAGGAUGUUUUCUCCACAACCGCAACCAUUAAUACUCAUGCCGCAACGAGCUCUGAGGAAGGUGGAAGUGGUCACCUUGCUGCCAUCGUUGUUCCACUUGUGCUGGUGUUAUUGUUGAUUGUUGCCUUAGUGACAACAUGGUACCUGAGACGGAUAAAAGUGAAAAAAGGCAACCUUAGCCUAUGGUUGAGCCGCGGAGCAAUACUUUAUAGAGGCUCUGAGUCCAUGCAGGAGCUGUGAGACAUGCUCCUUUAAACCAUGUCAACAUGAAAUACAGUAAUAGACCAAAAUAGACUUUUGUCAGUGUCCGAAAAAAAAUACAGGUAACACAUAGUUUGUUUUUUGUUGAAAUGAUUUUGUCUGUUGUAUAGGCUAAAUAAAGUGUUAAUUGUAGACUUUCAACUGCAGUGACAAAGGUAUCACUGAAAUAUGGCAUUUUAUAUGAAACACACAAAGAAUUUUCUUGAUAUGCACAAAGAAUUUUCUUGAUAUGCUUACAUUUUGAAACUGCUGACUGUGAAACGUAUGAGAAGGUGUCAUUAAAAACUAACGCAUUUGGACAGA